AUUAUUAUUUUCAUUAUAAUAUAUAAUAUUUUAUUAUAUUUUGUUAUAGCCUAUAGGUACAUGGUAAUUACCAAUUAGGUGUUCACAUUUAUAUUUAUAUUUCUGGGCUUUUUUCCGCCUACCCUGUAGAACACAUAAAAUUAUUAAAUAUUUAUCUAAAUAAAAUAAUAUAUAUUUUUUAAAUACAAUCUUUUACACGAUGAGCUAACAGAUAAAUUUAAAUAUUUAGACAGUAAAUAGAUCAUCUGAGGAUUUUCAAUUUGUAAACAGAUAUUAUGUUUAUAUCUAACAAUAGACAUUUUGCAACUAUCAGCUACUAUGAUUGGAAUAGAUUUCUUUUUUCGAAUGGUAGGAUUUCAAUGAUUAAUACGAAUUUGAAAAACAUAUUAAACCAACCAAAACCUUAAUAAUUGGUAAUUUAAUAAUUCGCUAUUGAGAUACUAUAUUAUUUAUUAUAUUUAUAUAGGUUUUAAUAUUUUAUUCUUAUAUCACCCUAUCGAACUGCAUUAAUAAAUAAUGAGCUACUACAAUAAAUGCGAAAAACAAGUUCAAAAUAAUUAUUACCUACUUCAAACGUUAAACAGACGAAUACCACGGAGAUGUCUGGUUAUACGAAUUAUGUAGUAAAACUCAAUUCUCGAUAGAAAAUAGAAAUACGUAUUAUGGGCGGGCUGCCGCCCUUCCGCGAGCUCCUGACAAUUUUCCGGGAGGAAUCGCUGGUAUCUGACUACAUAUUCGGAAUUUCCAGUUCAUAACGGAGAUUUCCAUUCUACUUUUACGCAAAAUAAAAGUAAGUAUUUUAAAAAAAAUACUAAACAGGACCUUCUUUUUAGGGUAUUUCUAUAACCGUGGCCGUUAUUGCUGGUGUGUUGCGCUAUCUAUUGGUCAAACGUAAUUUUUGAAUAUGUAGUAGAUUUUUAACGGAUUUGGGAACCCUGCAGGUCCUUAUGAUAAGGAUAUUUGAUAAGGACCUUAUCAAAUAUUGCUAGCGAAACAUUCGUGUAAAUUUGUAAAUGUAAAAUAAAUAAAUUUAAUGGUCUGUAUUGUUUUAAUACUAUAAAAAAAUAAUAUAAUUAAAAUGUAAGUGUUGUUGACAUUGUUCUUUGAUAUUAAUAUAUUGUUAACUAUUGAAGAACCUUUGUGAUUAAUGUUGGCAAGUGUAUACCUAUUGUUAAUAAGUGUUAUACACUUAUACACUGCAAAAAUAUUUUUAUUCAAUAGCUGUAAAUUAUACUAGUAAGAAGUAAUAAAGUUUACUAUAAUAUUAUAAUAAUGAAAUAAACAUGCCAAAGUCUCAAGAAGAUAUUGUUCGUUUAUUUUUUAACUAUUUAUCAAAAUCUAAUUAUGAUGAAGCAAAAGAGUUUAUGGAGAGACAACGUUUAGUAUUCUUAAACAAUGCUUGGCCCAAGGCAAUGUUUGAUAUUCUCUGUGAUUUUGCUUUGGCUGAAAAGAAUUAUUAUGACACAAAUUUUGAGCCAUCAAAAGAUAAAAUGCUUGAGCGAAAAGAAGACGAGAAUUACUUAGACUUUGUGUACAAGACUUUGUAUCAAGACCUUGAAAAACUCCAGACUGAGGUUGAUGAUAACUAUAUUAUAAAAUUUAUGACUACACUUCUACAGUUUAUAUCUGUUAGACUCCAACUUCUUGAACUAUAUGAUAAAUUAUAUGAAAUCGGAUCAAUGAACAGUUGGAUUAAUUUUAGUGAGUUAUCUGAAACUGUUGAAAACAUUCAGAAUGAUCUUAGUAAUUUUUCACCUGUUGAUCAAGUAUUAAGAAUCGUACGUUAUGAAUUGGAUUGCAUUCAACAUUUAUUCAAGUGUCAUGAACAUUUGGGGGAAUGGUCAUAUUUUGAUUCGUUGAUUAGCUUAAAGGAAAGUAGCGAUGCAUUUAUCUUGUGGGAAAAAUGUUAUCUAAACAAAGAGCCUUGGAGAUUUGGCUCAUUAUUUAUGAGCAAAAGUACUUUACCUCCAUUGCUUUUAUGGUUCAAAAGAUUCAAACACAUGACAAUUUCUAAAUUUAUGUUAUAUUUUUACGGAAUACUUGUACGACAAUCAUCAUUACGUGAAGUGAAGAAUACAAGUGAAACCAAAAAUUUACAUUUUUUCACAAAGAUGCAACAAUUAAAGCAGAAGGCGGAGGCUUUAUCUGCAAUGUUAGUGUUUGAAUCACCUGAUUAUGUUACUGAUGACGAAUCUUCUAAUGGGGGUCAAUCUAUUACUAAAAUGGAUCCAUAUAUUAAGUAUAAAAUUAUAAUAAGUUAUCCAAAGGUUCCAGUUAAAUUUGAUGUGAUAGAAAAGAUGACGAUUAAUGAAGAAGAACACUCGGUUAAUAAAAUUCAAUUAAUUACAGAUGAAAAUGUUACUUAUAUGAUAAUGAGAGUGGACUUGAAAAUAAUUUUUAUUAUGUGUUUUAAUGGUAAGCCUAAAAAUGAAGAAAGAGAGAAAGCAAGCACAUUAGAAUUUGUUUCAAUGCUUCGAUGUCAUAAAUAUUUUACUUCUGUUAAUAGAUAAAUACAAAUCUUUACAAAGAUUAUUUUUAUUUCUAUUUUCUUAAUGCUUUAUAAUUGAUUAAUAAAUUAAGUUAACUAUAAUAUUUUUCACUAAACGACUAAACUGUUAAAGUAUUUGAAUAUAGUGAUUAUUUUUUAAUA